CAGUUGCGUUCGCUCGUGCUUUCUUGUUUUGAGUUGGAGUGGGUGAGCAAGUGGGUACUGAUGAUGGAGGGCGUGGUAGGGGUGGUGUGGCCGAGGGACUGGUUAGGUCGGGGCAGGACGCUCCUCGCCUCACUAGGAAUAAUCUUCCUCACCAGAAAGUUCAUCAAAUACAGGAAAAAGACACAACUCAGGCGUGAGUGGGACAGUGUGGGGAAGGACGUGGUAUUACUCCACCAGUUCGCCUCAGGCAAAUACUGCCCCAACCUCAGCCCCUUCGCCCUCAAGCUCGAAUCGUUCUUCAGGCUCGCCAACAUCAAAUACAAGGUGGACACCAAGACCCCAUUUGGACCAAAGGGUAAAUGCCCGUGGAUCACCAUCAACGGGGAGGACGUGGCUGACUCAGAGUUCAUCGUGGAGCACAUCACCCAGCGCUACCAAGUCCAGAUAGACGCACGCUUGGACCCUCACAAAGCCGCCACCCUGCAAGCUGUGAGAGUUUUGGUCGACGAACAUCUAUUCUGGUGUGUUUUGACGUGGCGCUACUGGGUGGACGGGUGUGUCACGUUCCUUAAGUCACAGUCAUUCAGCCCCUUCUUACGGUUUGUGUUCCCGCUGUUCAUGAAAUCCGGGAUAAGGCGUCGGUCCAGAGAACAAGGUAUAGGUCGCCACACCCCUGAGGAGAUCUACCACAUCUGCAAGAAGAACUGUAGCACCCUGGCCGGAGUACUGGGUGAGGACAAGUUCUUUGGUGGGGAGGAGCCAUGUACGGUGGACUGUGCGGUGUUUGGUCAGCUCGCACAGCUUAUGUGGAACGCCCCAGGAUCCCGCUACGAGGCUCUAGUGACCAAGGUGCACCCAAGUCUGGCCCGUUACUGCCUCAGUAUGAAGGAAAAACUGUACCCAGAUUGGAACAAACUACUCAAACCCCUCUCUGUGAUGCCUACCACCCUCUGAAGGACGUCUGCCACCCUCUCUGUGACACCUACCACUCUCUGAAGGACAUUUGCCACCAUCUAAGAGGACGCCUGCCACCCUUGCAACAGAUACAUGUAACACCCUUCAGUGCACCAGCGUUCAUAGACAGGCCCAUAUUUGCCAACUAGUUAUAAUCCUGACAGCUCUGUCCUCUUGUUCAACCUUAUUACUGUACAACCCAUGUUGUACUGCUCCCCCAUUAUACUUAUGUUUU